CUAACUGUGAUUAUUCUAGUGUCUACACGUAACCCCUGUAGCCUUUUCCCUCCGAAAAUUCUCCGUGCAGUCACUGCAGGUCACAUUGCUACCAGUAGGUUGAUACCGCUUGCGAUGGUAGUGCUACGCUCCUCGGUAUCCGCGCCCAGAGGCCACCGCUAUACGGAACGUAAUGAUGGCGAAUUGAACAUUUUUUUUACAAGAUUAAAAUAAAAAUAAAAAUCCAGCCAUUCUUUCGAACUAUUUAAUGCUGGACGGCGAAACAGAAGUUGCAACAAUCAUGUCUAGCUUCGCAGCGACCGCUUUCCGCAGUGCUUUGCGCCACUGCGAGACUGCUUGGCUUUUCACAGCAUCCGACUUCAAAACACUAAUUUUUCCAAUGAUGGUAUUUGCAGCUGUUGUAUCUCCUUGCCAUGACCCGAUAGCCCUGGCAUGCACUGUGUGCUGGCUCUGGUUCCAUCUCUUCCAAUUCAACGUCUCUAAUCAGUCCUACUCUGCUGAUGAAGAUAGUGUGAAUAAACCGUGGCGCCCUUUACCGUCCGGGCGCAUUAGCGUCGAGAAUUCUCGUGCCUUGCGCUGGGGACUCCUGGUUUUCUGCUUGGGCCUUUCAUCCCUUUUUAGCUUAAAUGUCGUUAUAACUAGCGCAGUGUCCACUGUGAUUACGAUCUUCCACGACGAUCUUCAUCUCAGUCACCAUCCUAUUUUCAAGACCUUAUGCAAUGUAGCGGCUAGCGUCACAGGUGGAGUGGGUUGUUCAUUGAUUUUGUCAGGGGAGUCUUCACUUGACAGAAGGGGCAUAAAAGCGUUCUUGUGUAGCGCGAUUGUCGUAUUAUUGACAAUCCAUGCGCAGGAUUUCGCCGACGUCAAUGGCGAUCGAAAGUCGGGGCGACGAACUCUGCCGAUUGUAGCACCCGAAGGAUCUCGCAUUUAUAUGCUUUGCGUCCUUCCGCUACUUUCUUUUGCUCUCACAAUGUUGUGGAGCAUAGGGCCUCUCUGCAGCAUUUUCUUUAUUUCUCUCGGUUCUUGGAUCGGACUUCGCUACUUUCUCUAUCGUGACGAGAUUAAUGACCAGUGGAGCUACCGCCUGUAUAACAUAUGGGUCAUGGGCGUUCAUGUUUUGCCAGCGAAUGGGCGCUUACCUGUGCUGGGAUGGUAGUCCUGCCUUGUUGCAUCAGGCACUGGGUGUCUGUAUUCAUUGAGCGGAAAGGAACUAUAUUGACUUUACGAACAAACACGAGCAAUCAUUUAUAUCACAUAGUAUGUCGCCAUUCCUCAUAGACCGCUAAAAAUAAUAGUUUGUUUCCUUAUAAUGCGUUUCCGGAGUUCGACAAAGUUUCCUUACUCCUUGCUUCUAGACGUACACUUUGGCCCAUCGCUUUAUUCGUCUAAUUCUGAUUUGUUUCGUAAGAUCAACCGCUUGACAGGAACAAACAAACUUGAGGGUAUAAGCGCUCAUACUGAGAGUGGGGAAGAGCGUGUUGCAUUAGUUAGUGUUUGUGUUAAGUUGAUGGAUUUUUUUG